GUGCUCAUAAAAUUAAAAAUUCUGAUAAAUUAAAGAAUUGGGAAAUAGCAACUUACUACCAAUUAAUUCACUCUAUUGCGCUUGUUUCUUUUUCAAAUUUGAGAAAUCCUGUUACAAACAAACCUCCAGUAUUGGCUGGUAGUCUAAUCGCUGCCGGUGGUAUCUUAAUGAUGGCUGGUUGGGCUUCUUUAUUAUUUUAA